AUGGCGACAUCUGAUCAAGUCCAUAGAAUGGCUACAUUUUGGUCCAAUGUGCUUGAAGGUGAUGGUCAGAUUUUUGACAGUGCAGCUGAUUUCAAGAAAGCCAUUGCUAAAUAUGCUAUUGCCCAUAAAUUUGGGUAUCGUAUGAAGCGGACUAACCCAAACAUGGCCAAGGCAGUGUGUGACUUACAUAGUUGUGACUGGUAUAUUUGUGCAAGUGUUAUUCACGAUACAGGCUGUUUUCGGGUGUACAAAUCCAACUUGCAACAUUUUCAUCUAGCUGGUUAUAGCACCCAACACAAGACAAAGGCUUCAAAGACAGUUGUCGCUGAUGUAAUACUUGAUAAAUUAUGUGAUUGUUCGAAAUAUCGUCCUAUGGAGAUCGUUCGAGACAUAAGCAGGGAGUAUGGUGUUAGAUUAUCAUACCAACAAGCGUGGAGAUGUAGAGAAUUGGCCACAAGUUUGUUAGUUGGCUUACAAGAGGACUCAUACAAGACCAUUCCAUGGCUUUGUCGUAAGAUUAAGGAGUCCAAUCCAGGAAGUGUAGCCGAGUAUACUUUUGAACAGGAUGGAAGUUUCAGUAAGCUCUUUAUAGCAUUCUCUGCAUGUUUGCAUGGAUUCACUGAAGGUUGUAGACACUUGCUUGUGCUUGAUGGGACGUUCAUCGCUUCGAAAUACAAAGGUACAUUGCUUGUUGCUUCUGCAUAUGAUGUAGACGAUGGUAUGCUACCGAUUGCAUUUGGUGUUGUCCCGUCUGAAUCAAUUGAUAAUUGGGAAUGGUAUUUGACUCAAUUGAGACAUGCAUUGCAAUAUGAGAUUGGAGAUGAACUGGCUUUCAUAUCCGAUCGACACACUGGUAUUAUACAAGGACUACACCAUGUCUUUCCUGGUUGUCCUCAUGCACAUUGCCUACGCCACUUGAAGGAGAACUUUAAAAAGUACCUAAAGGGUCGCUACAAUCAGUCGUUUAAGGCAGCUAUGGAAGCACAACUGGACAAAAUUGCUUAUUUACGCACAAUGCAUGAUUAUGAGAAAAAUAUGGAGGUCAGGCAUAAAAUGAAUCGUUCUGCUCAUGAGUGGGUGAUCCAAGCACACCCGGAAAAUUGGGUAAUUGCUUUAUUCAAAGGAAACAGAUAUGAUAAGCUAAAUUCAAAUUUGGCUGAAACUUAUAAUGCAUGGAUAAAAGAUGCCCGUGAGUUGCCUAUAUGUCACCUUAUUGACACAAUUCGGUUGAAAACUGAAUGA